GAUAGUUAAAGGAGCAGCUAUUUCAAAGCCCUCGGGAUCAGUCUUUUCUAGAGGGUUCAGCCUUUAGCUUUCUUCUCAGACCUCUGCUCAGGGGACUAAUUUACCCACUGCUCAGUGACUUGUGCGAAAAGCUUGCAGUGUAUCGAAGCGUGCACGAACCUGGGAAGACGUCUGAUGUUAACUACUGGUGAGCUAAAGCAGGCAGCUUGAAGGAGACGAGGGAUGAGACAAACAUCCUAAAAGUUCAUGUUAUGGCUGGUGCAUGGAAAGAACAUCUGUAUACAGGGGAUGUCAACUACAGAAGCCAACCAGGCACCGCAUCGAUCCCAGAAGGACAGAUCUGCUUGGAUGUACAGCACAGGUAUCGCCAAUCCCCAUUUGGGGAAUCACACGUUCAGCAAUUCCAAUGCCAGGUGUUUUCAGAUUUCCGACUGAGUUUGCCUGGUACACUUGCUGAGCCGUCCGCCGAGUCUAUGGGGAACUUUGACACUGGUGAUACAUCCAGCCGUGGCUCCUCACCUGCACAUGAAACUCAGAUGUCUUGGGAGAUGGAGAAUGUUGCCAUGCAAGAGGGUGGAUCACCGGCUUCCAGCAGAAGUGCACACCCAGAAUGCCUAGACUGGGUCAGACCAAAGGCCCAUCUAGCCCAGUAUUCUGUCUUCCAACAGUGGCAAAUACCAGGUGCCCCAGAGGGAAUGAACAGAACAGGUACACCUGCUGGGCCAUCAGCUGAGUCUAUGGGGAACUCAGUCAUUGGUGAUACAUCCAGCCAGGGCUCCUCACCUGCACAUGAAACUCAGAUGUUUUGGGAGAUGGAGAAUGUUGCCAUGCAAGAGGGUGGAUCACCGGCUUCCAGCGGGAGGGCAUCCCCAGUGCAGUUAUCGUCUGACUCAAGAAAAGACAGGUACGUGGGGCUGCGUAACCAGGGUUCCACCUGCUACUUAAACAGCCUGCUGCAGUGUCUCUUCUUCACGCGAGAGCUCCGAGAGGCCAUCCUCAGCUAUGAUAAUAGUGACUUCGGCAUCGUGUGUCAGCUGAAAAAGCUGUUUCAAAAACUGAAGCAUAAUAAAUUAGCACCUUCCACCAAAGAGAUUACGAAAUGCCUUGGGGUGAGAAACGUGCACCAGCAGCAGGAUGUCGCGGAAUAUUUCCGGAUUCUGAUGAAUAAAAUCGUUGAGGAGAAAGAAGAUCUUCAGCCGCUAUACCAGGUGAAAAUGGUCCAUUCCAUCAAUUGCCAUGGAUGCGGACAGCAAACUAGAAUCCAUCAGGAUCCUGUCCUGAGUCUUGCUCUCGCUCUUGACAAGUACACUUCUAAUCGGGAAGUUUAUUCUGUGCAUAAUGCUUUGGCUGAUGUACAGAAAGUAAAUGAAUUUACUGGUGAUGAGCAGUUCUAUUGUGAAACAUGUAAAAGCAAACAAGAUGCCACAUCGCGCUGCUACUUUGAAACUCUCCCCCCGAUUCUUGUUCUCAAUUUGAAGAGAUAUCAGUUUGAUGGUAACUGGUUUACAAAGCUGCAUUAUGAGGUGUCUGUGCCUUUUUCACUGACUGUGAAUUCAGAAGAACAGCCUAACACACAGUAUGAGCUCUUUGCAAUGUGUCACCAUUUUGGAGGAAUUCACGGUGGCCAUUAUGUGGCUGAGAUAAGGUCAUUUGAAAACGAGUACUGGUACUCCUUCAACGACACCAUGGUGACUAAGAAUACAAAAGAAUGGAACACAACUGGUGCCACGAACAGUUCCACUGCAUAUCUCUUAAUGUACCGCAUGGCGAAUUGUGUUGCUAAGCCAAGUAAGUGACGAGCUCUUAUCAUUUAUAGGGUGACCAGA